UUAAGAACGGGCCUAACACAUAAGGCCCAUGACCAUGAGGUUGGUUCUUCUGUCUGACCUUUUAAACCCUCGAAACCCUAGUCUGGCAUUUGACUCGCGGCGCUGCGUCAGGUUGAAUUCACUCUUGUUGCAUCUCCGAUCUCGUUUCCCUUCACAGUGUCAAAAUGUCGCUCGGAGAGACUGCUUGCUCCUACGCCCUUCUCAUCCUUGAGGAUGAUAAAAUCGCUGCUACUGCUGAUAACAUCUCUACCUUGUUGAAGACGGCAAAUGUUAAGGUAGAAUCGUAUUGGGCACCCUUAUUUGCUAAACUUGCUGAGAAGAAGAAUCUUCAGGAUUUGAUUGCCAGUGCUGCUGGCGGUGGUGGUUCAGUUGCUGUUGCAGCUGCCCCAGUUGCUGCUGCAUCUGGUGGCGCUUCUGCUGCUGCUCCAGUUGAGGAGAAAAAGGAAGAACCCAAGGAAGAGAGUGACGAUGAUAUGGGAUUCAGCCUGUUUGAUUAGGAACUCUUUUAAUAUAAUCUGGUCAAUUUUUGCACUUCUUUAAGGUUACUUACUCAAUGGAUAUUGUAGGCUUUCUUAUGUGUUAGUUACUUAUAUUUCGAUACCUUUUAAUUCGGUACUGCUAUGAACUUCAGAAUGUUUUGUUUAUGUCCAUUUGAGGAUUAAGACAUGAGAAAUGUUCAUGUUAUUCCCAUUUUCCCUGGUUCA